GUUGAACACUGAGAGAAGAAAACGUUUUCUUCACUGUCUAGAUAGACACCAUUUCCAAAGAGCAAAAAGACUGUCCCCACCGUUCUAAGAAAGUAAAAGUGUUUUGUGGCUGCCAUUUGCCAGACGAUAGAAAACCAAUGCAUGGCCUUGCUUAGCCUCGAUCCCAGGCCGCACUUCCCACUUCACUUUUCUAUGAAGGCCGGUGAAGGAGGCUAGGCCUUGCUGUGCCAAGUGUAAGCGAUGGUUUCACCAAAAACUGUAGAAACAGUUCAGAGCAUAUCUUCAGAAACAGUUAAAAAAGCCGUUAUUAUAAUUUCAUUAUUUGCUACCAUAAUAUGCAUACCCCCCUAGAAAUUUCUGCGGCCCAAAAAUUCUGCGAAUAACUGUAAAAAGACCUUCUGCAGAUAAUAUUUCUGCGAAUUGAACUUUCAACUGUUAAAUUAGGCUUGGUAAUAAGCAUUUGCGGAUAUUAUUUCUGCGUUUACUCAUUCAUUCGAAUUUUUGGGCCGCAGAAAUUUCUAGCUAUACGGUACUAGUAGUAUCUUUUGCUUUGAAUUAUUUGCUGCUGUGUCUGUUUUUCAAUGUUACCAGAUUAUUUAUAUAGGAGCAAUGAACUAUGGUUAUACCUUGAUCAGGCUUAAAUUUUCAAAAGCGUGGUGCUAUAAGCGGACGUUUUUUCAAUGUGUGAGCGUGCGCUGUACUCUACAUUUUGUGUAAAAACUAGCUAACUGAGCACAGAUGUAUGGCUUCUCAGCAUCCAUACAACUGCCUGCUUGUCUUCAGCUUUUUGCUUGCAUGAGGCAGCACAUCAGCAUCAGGCAGGAAUGCAAUGCUUUGAAAGUACAGCAAGCACAUGCAUGAAGUCAGUUAGCAGGUCAGAUCAGCUUUAACUAAAUUCAUAUCAAGGUGUUGUGGCAUUCUAUUAAACACAUUCCAGACACAUUAAUAGCUGAGAUUACGGAAGAGACUACUGUUUAUAGCACUACUGCACACAGUCAAGAUAAUCUCAACCCAAGCUAUAGCUACAGGCCCCAGUAGCUGCAGCCUUCAAGUGAACGGAGUGACAUAGACCUACCAACCAGUCUGCUGCAGGCAUGAGCGAGCCCUCAUUUGACCGAGGCACUGCCACUAGGAUAUCACAAUCCUUCCAGAACUUCACCAGGAAGCUCAGCAGCUUUCGUAACAAGGAGUACAAUAAAGUGGAGGACUUGUAUGACACACGAAUACCUCUGCACAAUGAAGACGUGUUUGAGCAUGGACUCAGGUUCAAGGCUAAAUACAUAGGUUCUCUUGAGAUAGCCAGACCUACCAGCAAGGUGGACAUUAUCACUGCAAUGCGGAGGAUACGAUAUGAAUACAAGGUGAAGGGGAUCAGGAAGGCAAGAGUCUUCAUUGAGAUAUCUACUGGUGGAGUUAGGGUCUCCAAGAGAAAGAGUAAGAGGAAGAGAAGGCAGUACAGUGAGGAACAACUGUUUGUCAUGAGUCAUCCAAUAUAUCGCGUGUUCUAUGUCUCGCAUGAUUCUCAUGACCUCAAGAUAUUCAGCUACAUAACUCGAGAAGUGCCCAACAACACGUUCAGAUGCAACGUCUACAAGGCCUACAAGAAGAAAAUGGCCUUGCACAUGGUCCGCUCUCUAGGCCAGGCAUUUGAUGUGUGCCAUAAGCUCAAUCCUAAGCCCAAGAAGAAGAAGGAAGAUGAAACACCAGAUGAGGAUGUUGAAGGCGAGGACCCUCCUCCACCACCAGAGGGGGAGGUGGCCAAAACACCAGACACAUGGAAGCAGUUCUCCACCGACUUAGACAUUGCUAUGGACAAACUGUCAGUGCAAGAGAAGCAAGAGGAAACUAAUAGGGACCUUACGGCUGAGCUGGACUUUGACCCCUUUGCCUCCCCCCCACCACCAGGAAUCCUAGGCAAUGGAUUGGACCCAUUUCAACCCCCCCUGGUCCACCCUCCACUGGCUGUGGGAAAUACUAGCAGUCUGCCUUACUUCCCUGAGGGGGUAGACCCAGCCACUGUGACCAUCCCUCCAGCUCAUCUUCACCUGCUCACUGGAACACCACAAGCCAAUGGACAAACAAUUCGUGAGAACCCGUUCACUACUGAGCUGCGCCCAGGGGGGGAUUCCCCAUUGUCCAUUGGAGAGAGUUUGGAUAAGACCAACCCUUUCAGAUCUGGAGACAAUGGUCAACUAGCAGUACUACAAGAGCAGCUCAAAGCAGAGACUGCAGCCAGACUAGAGUCUCAGGGUCGUGUGGAGGAGCUGCUGAAUCAGAACAAGACACUCAUGACUCAGUUGGAGAAGCUCAUGACUCAACUCACCCAGAUACAGUUGUUCCAGCUACAGUCUACACAACCCGCCCCCACUCCACCAACAGUACAGGAGGCUGUGACUCUACCAACAGUACCAGAGGCUGUGACUGGUGGAGAGACUGCUAUCCCUGUAGUGGAGAGUGCAUCCACAGAGCAGGUCAUCACAGACCUGGACAUGGCUCUGGCCAUAUCUCCGACCACUCUGCCACUCAUUGACCCAUUCCAACCAACCUCUUCCUGAACACAUACCAAUCCAAACUUAACGGACUCCAAGAUACACUGAUUGAUUUUGAUUUUAUCCAUAUAAUUAUUAUAGCCUCUUAAUUAACAUUAAUUUUGUGAGGAUGUUUUUAUCUCCGUCAAAGCAUUAUAUAUGAUUAUUAUUAGCUAGCAUAAUUAUUUAAAAGUUUUUUUUGUUUUUUUUUAUCCAAUGAAAACAUCAGCUGUG